AUCACUGCAAAAAAUACAGUAGAAUACAAAAGAGAGAGAGAGAGCUAUAGAUGGAGUGUUCAAACAUGAAACAGCAUCAGUACGGUUCAUACGCAGAGCCAAGGAUCUCAUUCUCGAGCGGUUUCGCAGCGACUAAGCACGAAAUGAUCAAGUACAAGGAGGCACCUGUGUCGUCAGACGAUUUUGAGUUCGGAGUCGAGAACUUCUCCAUGACCACAGCAGAUGAGAUCUUCUUCGAUGGCAUGAUUUUGCCUCUAAAGGAAGAAGUUAACACGACGAAAAGAAUGUCAACUCUGAGGGAAGAACUCAGUGAAGAAGAUGGUGAUUCGCCGAGAAGCAAAUCUAAAGGAACAAGUGCCAUGGCCGAAGACCCUUCUUUCCUCCCCAAGGAUGGUUUUGUCUUGAAGCUUCCUAAAAAGUCUUCACUUGUAUUGAGAAUGGUCGUUCUCCUCUUUGUAAUGGUCUGUGCUGUGUACAUUUGCUCGAUUUGUCUUAAGCAGAUAGGAGUUAGUCCAAACUAUGGUUUCUUGAACGUUGAAGUGUUUGAGAGGCCUUGUCCUGAGCCUAACAUUGAACCGUGGGACAUUCCUUUUGUGCAUUACCCUAAACCAAAGACAUAUAACAGGAAUGAAUGUUCUUGCCACCCGGUUAGGUACUUUGCGAUUCUCUCGAUGCAGAGAUCUGGUAGUGGCUGGUUUGAGACUUUGUUAAACAAUCAUACUAACAUAAGCUCCAAUGGAGAGAUAUUUUCUGUGAAAGAUAGGAGGGCUAAUGUUUCCACCAUUUUUGAGACUCUUGACAAAGUCUAUAAUCUAGACUGGUUGAGUAGUGCCUCUAAGAACGAGUGCACUUCUGCUGUUGGCUUCAAGUGGAUGCUUAAUCAGGGUCUAAUGAAACAUCAUGAAGAAAUAGUAGAAUACUUCAAAACCCGAGGCGUCUCUGCGAUUUUUCUAUUCAGAAAAAACCUAUUGCGCCGCAUGAUAUCAGUACUCGCAAACUCUUAUGACAGAGAUGCUAAGCUACUAAACGGAACUCACAAGUCUCAUACUCAUUCGGCCCAAGAAGCUGAGAUAUUAGCGGGUUACAAGCCAAUGAUCAACACAACACUUUUAAUAACCGAGCUGAAACAGAUUCAAGAAAUAACUUUGAAAGCAUUGGCUUACUUUAAUACCACUCGACAUAUCCUUGUCUACUACGAAGAUGUUGUCAAAAACCUCACGAGACUAGACGAUGUACAGGAGUUUCUAAAGGUCCCAAAACGUAAGUUAAAGAGUAGGCAAGUGAAGAUUCAUGGAGGUUCAUUGUCACAACAUGUACAGAAUUGGGAAGAGAUGGAGGAGAAACGACGCGAUUCUGCUGGAACCCUAGCUUUUGCUGGUAGCUCUGGAGAUUCUCCGGCAUCUGAGCCGAUGCCAGCGCCACGGCGACGCGGCGGAGGUUUGAAAAGAAAAGCGAAUGCUCUCGGGGGUUCUAAUUUCUCAUCUUCUACGCCGUCUAAGAGGAUGUUGACGCGUGAAAAGGCGAUGCUUGCGUCUUUUUCUCCGGUACAUAAUGGGCCUUUAACUAGAGCUCGUCAGGCGCCGAGUAUUAUGCCCUCGGCGGCGGAUGGGGUUAAGUCGGAGCUUUUGAAUGUGGCGGUGGGUGCGGAUGGAGAGAAGCCCAAGGAGGAGGAAGAGAGGAAUAAGGCGAUCCGUGAGUGGGAGGCUUUGGAGGCUAAGAUCGAAGCUGAUUUCGAAGCAAUUAGAUCUCGUGACAGUAAUGUUCAUGUGGUGCCUAAUCAUUGCGGUUGGUUUUCAUGGGAAAAAAUUCACCCGCUUGAGGAGCGUUCAUUGCCCUCUUUCUUUAAUGGCAAGUUGGAAGGUCGUACUUCUGAGGUUUAUAGGGAAAUACGGAAUUGGAUCAUGAGGAAGUUUCAUUUCAAUCCGAACAUACAAAUAGAACUAAAAGACUUAACAGAACUCGAGGUUGGAGACUCGGAGGCAAAGCAAGAGGUGAUAGAGUUCUUGGAUUACUGGGGCUUAAUCAAUUUCCAUCCAUUUCCACCAACAGAUGCUGGUUCUACUCCUUCUGAUCAUGAUGACUUAGGGGAUAAGGAGUCACUGCUUAACAGUUUAUAUCGAUUUCAAGUAGAUGAGGCUUGCCCUCCUCUUGUUCCCAAGCCUCGUCUCACAGCACAAGCUACACCAUCAGGGUUGUUUCCAGAUCCGGUGGCUGCUGAUGAAUUGCUGAAGCAAGAGGGUCCAGCGGUCGAAUAUCACUGCAAUUCCUGUUCAGCUGAUUGCUCUCGCAAACGCUACCACUGCCCAAAACAGGCAGAUUUUGACUUAUGCACGGAAUGCUUUAACAGUGGCAAGUUCAGUUCAGACAUGUCAUCUUCUGAUUUUAUACUAAUGGAGCCUGCUGAAGCCCCUGGCGUUGGUAGUGGGAAGUGGACUGAUCAAGAGACUCUUCUUCUCCUUGAAGCUUUAGAAAUCUUCAAGGAAAAUUGGAAUGAGAUUGCAGAGCAUGUUGCUACAAAAACAAAAGCUCAGUGUAUGCUUCAUUUUCUUCAAAUGCCAAUCGAGGAUGCAUUUCUUGAUCAAAUUGACUACAAAGAUCCAAGCACAAAAGACACUACAGAUUUAGCUGUGUCUAAAGAGGAUAAAUCUCUCCUAAAGGAUGCACCUGAAGAGGCAGAGAAUAAGAAACAUGUUGAUGAAGAUGAAACUAUGAUGGAAGUUCCAGAACCAGAAGAUGGCAAUGAAGAAAAAGUCUCUCACGAAUCUUCGAAGCCUGGAGAUGCGAGGGAAGAAACCAAUGAAGUGGAAGCAGACCAGAAAACACCCAAACUAGAGACUGUCAUUGAUGAAAGAUCUAAUGAUGAGGCUGACGAAAACAUUGCUCUGAAAGCUCUUGCUGAAGCUUUUGAAGAUGUUGGUUAUUCCUCCACACCUGAAGCCUCUUUUUCCUUUGCUGAUUUAGGAAACCCUGUCAUGGGACUGGCAGCAUUUCUGGUGAGAUUGGCAGGAUCUGAUGUUGCUACUGCAUCAGCCCGGGCUUCUAUAAAAUCUCUUCACAGCAAUUCUGGACUGUUGCUUGCUACAAGACAUUGUUAUAUUCUGGAAGAUCCACCAGACAACAAGAAGGAUCCAACUGAAUCAAAAAGUGCGGAUGCAGAUGGGAAUGAUGAUAAUGUCCGUAAAGAUGAGCAGCCAGAGGAAAAAAGCCAAAAAGCAGAAGAGGUCUCCUUGAAUUCAGAUGAUAAGGAAAUGCCAGAUUCUGAUACAGGCAAAGAAAAUCAGGAUUCAGUCUCUGAAGAAAAGCAACCUGGUUCUCGAACUGAAAAUUCUACUACAAAACCAGAUGCCGUACAAGAAAAAAGAUCUAGUAAGCCAGUCACAACUGACAAUUCAGAGAAACCAGCGGAUAUAAUAUGUCCGUCGCAGGACAAAUGUUCAGGGAAGGAGCAUCAAGAACCUUUGAAGGAUGGGAUUAAGCUUUCUAGUGAAAAUAAAGACGCCUCUCAAGCAACUGUCUCCCAGUCAGGUGAAGAUGCUUCUCAGCCAGAAGCAUCAAGAGAUGUGGAAAUGAAGGAUUUACUACAGGCAGAGAAGGAUCCUCAAGAUGUGGUCAAAACAGUAGAAGAGGAGGUUCAACAGGCUAAGGAGGAGGGUGCAAAGGAUGUUCUUAGUACUCCAGACAUGUCACUUUCACAGCAGCCCAUUGGAUCAGCUUCUGCACCGGAAAAUGGAACAGGUGAAAAUCCAAACAAAGAAGGAAAGAAAGAGAAGGAUGUUUGUGAAGGGACAAAAGACAAACAUAACAUCGAGAAGCUUAAGCGCGCAGCCAUCUCUGCUAUCUCAGCCGCAGCAGUAAAGGCAAAGAAUCUUGCAAAGCAAGAAGAAGAUCAAAUCCGACAACUUUCUGGAUCAUUGAUAGAGAAGCAGUUACAUAAACUAGAAGCAAAGCUAUCUAUCUUCAAUGAAGCUGAAAGCUUGACAAUGAGGGUAAGAGAGCAAUUAGAAAGGUCAAGGCAACGGCUAUAUCAUGAAAGGGCUCAGAUCAUAGCAGCUCGACUAGGUGUCCCCCCUUCAAUGUCCUCAAAAGCAUCGUUACCAACAAACAGAAUCGCUGCAAAUUUUGCUAAUGUAGCUCCAAGGCCUCCCAUGGGCAUGGCCUUUCCACGCCCACCAAUGCCAAGGCCUCCAGGUUUCUCUGUUCCUGGUUCUUAUGUAGCUGCUACAGCAAUGACCGGAAGCUCAGAUCCAUCUCCAGGUUCAGAUAAUGUUUCUUCGGUUUAGUGGUCCCACAUUAUAGUGUUCAGAUUUGCAGGGUAGCUCUUCGUUGUGUUCUAUUUAUAAGCCAAGGUACAUUACCCCACCUUUUGCGGCUUCAACCUUCGAGCUUGGUUUCUUUUCUGAAGAUUUAUCAGAAUUAUGUAGGAGACGGUGAUAUGGGAAGUUAGUUAGGGGUUUUAGACCCAUUGAUUAAUGUUUAAUGUAACUGUCAAAUGAAACUUUUGGAGAUCUGUGAAUGUGUUUUUAUGGUUCUUUGAACUUUAAUGAAUUGUAACGUUGAAC